AUGCAGGUUUUUUCGGCCUUCGGAUUUGUGCAUAAGAUUACCACUUUUGAGAAAACUGCCGGAUUCCAGGCACUGGUGCAAUUCUCAGAUGCUGAAACUGCCACUUCUGCAAAGGAUGCUUUGGAUGGAAGAAGCAUACCUAGCUACCUACUCGCCGGGCAUGUGGGACCUUGUACCCUUAAGAUCACAUAUUCUGGACAUUCAGACUUAAGUGUUAAGUUUCAGAGUCACAGAAGCAGAGACUACACCAAUCCUUACCUUCCUGUUGCUCAAUCAGCUAUGGAGGGAAACGGACAGUCCGUGAUGGGUUUGGAUGGGAAGAGACUUGAGGCUGAGAGUAAUGUUCUUCUUGCAUCAAUUGAGAACAUGCAGUAUGCUGUAACCUUGGAUGUCUUGCACACGGUUUUCUCUACUUUUGGACCCAUCCAAAAGAUUGCAAUGUUUGAUAAGAAUGGUGGUUUGCAAGCUCUGGUUCAGUACCCAGAUGUUCAAACGGCCAUUGUGGCCAAAGAAGCCUUGGAAGGACACUGCAUUUAUGAUGGGGGAUUUUGUAAGCUUCACCUCUCCUAUUCACGUCAUACUGAUUUGAGUAUAAAGGUCAAUAAUGACAGAAGCAGAGACUAUACCAUGCCUACUGCACCCCCACCAGUUAUGAACGCGCAGCCCUCAAUUUCAGGGCAACAAGGUCCCAUGACUGGUCCUCCUGCUCAACAGUACAAUACCUCUCACUACGCUCCUACCAACAACCAGAAUUUUAUGCCUCAAUCUCAGGCUGGAUGGGGAGCAACUCCACCACCACCACACACUAUGCAGCGGAUGCAUCAUAAUCCUUACAUGCCACCUGGUACGAUGCCACCACAAGCUGGCCCUGGAAUGAUGCAGUAUCCUGGUCACUAUCAAUAG